AACCACAGGCUUCCUCCUCUAAGGAGUUGAUCCAGAAUUGUCUUUCUGGAAGGGAAGCACUCGAAUCCUUCCGAACUUUCCAAGUCCAUCCAUGAUUCAGAGAUAUUGCCUUCUCCCUUUGGGAUUUUCUGUGUUCCUGGUAGUGAAUUGUUGCUGAUGUAUUUGCUACUUUGCUUCUUUUCUCUUUCAAGAUUUGAUCAUUUUAUAUGCUGUUCGGGGAGAAAAAGAACUUUUGUUAGAAAGGAAAUUUCAGAAAUGAUUCUGGAUCCUCUAUAAGUGUUUUUAGAGUUCUUGGGGACAGUAGCUCUAACCUUGGAGUAAGUUUCUGCCUUUGACCUGCAUGGAUUAUUUUUUCAGGCUGCGGAAUUUCUCGGCACCUACCUGCAGUGUGGGGCACUUGGUUUGGUUGCAGAGUAAGAAGGUGGAAGAAUGAGCUGUACUUGGUUAAGCAGUUCAAACCUUUUUUGAGCAGGAUCUAUAAAAGCAUAAUUGAAUUUGUUUCACCCCCGUGGAUUCCAGUGGGCCUGGCAGCGCAACAGGUUUGCAGAUUUCUUUUGAAAUUCUUUUUUUUUUUUCCCUCCCUCUGCCUCAGCAAAAGAAAAGAAUCUAUAUAACAGGUUCAUGUUCAAUUGCUUGGCUUUUCAGCACUUAUUCUGAAGACUUUGUAUGAUUUUUUACCUAGACCUCUGAACACAGCAGGCUUUGUGGUUGAAGUGCAUUUAUAUUUACUUAAGGGUGCACAUUGUAAAAUCUUAGAAUAAGAUUUUGUUCGUACAAAGACUCAAAUUCUCAAGUGUGCCUAGAAAUAGCACAGAUCUACUGUACUCAGGCUUAUUUUUACUUUUUCAGGGUGUUCUGCUUAGAGCCUGUAGACUAAUCACCUCUCUACUCCCCUAUCUUUUAUUCCCCACCCCCUCAAGGAAUUUGAAAACGUGUUAGGAAUAGUCCUUUGUUUUACUUAUGAACCUAGAAAAUUACAGAUUGUAAGAGCUGGAUAAUAAAGUAGUUUCCAAAAGCAUCUCAUGGGAAAUCAAAGUGCUUGACAUUCUCAUGCAGGAGAAUAAAAGCUGGAAUCCCUAAGAGUGAAAGGAAAAUAAAGACAGAAAUAUGCAUUUUAGCUGAGAAAAAUAAUUGGAAAACUGCCCUUUUCAAAUAUUCUUCUAAUUUUGAAAGUUGGAAAAGGUUGUGAUGCUCAGGAUUAUCUUGUAAUGUGUGAAAAUAUAUAAAUUAACACCUAAUUUAUAGGCAAAUUUAGAUAGGACAUUAAGAAAAUUAUAGUAUAUUUAAGUUCAUGGAAAGUGUUAUAAAUUCAAUGGGCCUAGAACUUUGGCUCCACCGAAAUACAGUUUAAUGUGGAAUAUUUUAUGAGUACAUGUUGUAGCAUCUUUGGAUAUCUCUCAAGGGUAGCCUGAAAUAUUGUUCCCUCUUCUUCCCUGUUAAAAAAAAAUUCUCCUGUGAUUUGACAAAUUUUGUGACUUAAAAAGGACCAUCUCUUCAUUUUCUGAGCUGGGGUUUUGCACUCGCACCUUCGAUGCAUGGCCUUGGUGGUCUACUUUGCCUUAUUUUGUUCAUUAACAUUGGGUUCAGUGGCUCGGCAACUUGAUGCAUAUGGAAGACCAGCACCAAGUGAUCUGACAUAAUAAAAAUUCAGGAUGUGACAUUCAACCUCAAGCAAAGUUGGAAAUUCCAUAGAGAAGUGGUGAUAUCUGUGCUAAUCAUAGUGAAGAUGGGAGAAAAUGACAUACCUGCAGCAGAAGUGGGCUGAAAACACCCUCUUCCCUGCCAGAUCAGGAAUGCCACCUGUUCUUGGAAAUAUGCUUUAGAGAAAGGAAGGGCCAAAACUACGACUUGGCUUUCUGAAACUGAAGCAUAAAUUCUGUUUUCCUCCAUUUGUCUGGAUCUGAGAACCUGCAUUUGGUAUUAGCUAGUGAAGCAGUAUGUAUGGCCGAAGUGCAUUGCUGCAGCUGGUAGCAUGAGUGUUGGCCACCAGCUGCAGCUGGCUGCCCUCUGGCCCUGGCUGCUGAUGGCUACCCUGCAGGCAGGCUUUGGACGCACAGGACUGGUACUGGCAGCAGCGGUGGAGUCUGAAAGAUCAGCAGAGCAGAAAGCUAUCAUCAGAGUGAUCCCCUUGAAAAUGGACCCCACAGGAAAACUGAAUCUCACUUUGGAAGGUGUGUUUGCUGGUGUUGCUGAAAUAACUCCAGCCGAAGGAAAACUAAUGCAGUCCCACCCCCUGUACCUGUGUAACGCCAGUGAUGACGACAAUCUGGAGCCUGGAUUCAUCAGCAUUGUCAAGCUGGAGAGUCCCCAGCGGGCCCCCCGCCCGUGCCUGUCACUGGCCAGCAAGGCCCGGAUGGCAGGUGAACGAGGAGCCAGCGCUGUCCUCUUUGACAUCACUGAGGAUCGAGCGGCUGCUGAGCAGCUGCAGCAGCCCCUGGGGCUGACUUGGCCAGUGGUGUUGAUCUGGGGCAACGAUGCUGAGAAGCUGAUGGAGUUUGUGUACAAGAACCGAAAGGCCCAUGUGAGGAUUGAGCUGAAGGAGCCCCCAACCUGGCCAGAUUAUGAUGUGUGGAUCCUCCUGACAGUGGUGGGCACCAUCUUUGUGGUCAUCCUGGCUUCAGUGCUCCGCAUCCGGUGCCGCCCCCGCCAUAGCAGGCCGGAUCCCCUUCAGCAGCGAACAGCCUGGGCCAUCAGCCAGCUGGCCACCAGGAGGUACCGAGCCAGCUGCAGGAGGGUCCGGGCUGAGUGGCCAGACUCAGGUAGCAGCUGCAGCUCAGCCCCUGUGUGUGCCAUCUGCCUGGAGGAGUUCUCUGAGGGCCAGGAGCUCCGAGUCAUUUCCUGCCUCCAUGAGUUCCAUCAAGCCUGUGUGGACCCCUGGCUCUAUCAGCAUCGGACUUGCCCCCUCUGCAUGUUCAACAUCGUAGAGGGAGAGUCGUUUUCCCAGUCCCUGGGACCCUCUCGAUCUUACCAGGAACCAGGCCAGAGACUCCACCUUAUUCGCCAGCAUCCUGGCCAUGCCCACUACCACCCCCCUGCUGCCUACCUGUUGGGCCCUUCCCGGAGUGCAGCGGCUCGGCCCCCACGACCCGGUCCCUUCCUACCAUCCCAGGAGCCAGGCAUGGGCCUGCGGCACCAUGGCCUCCCGAGAGCUGCACAUGCCCGGGCUCCAGGUGAGCAGCAGCGCCUGGCAGUGGCCCAGCACCCGUAUGCGCAGGGCUGGGGGCUGAGCCGCCUCCGAUGCACCUCACAGCACCCCACCGCUUGCCCAGCGCCCCCACGCCGGGCCAGGCCUCACGACAGCAGCGGGUCUGGAGAGAGCUACUGCACAGAACGCAGCGGCUACCUGGCAGAUGGGCCAGCCAGUGACUCCAGUUCAGGGCCCUGUCAUGGCUCUUCAAGUGACUCAGUGGUCAACUGCACGGACAUCAGCCUGCAGGGCAUCCACGGCAGCAGUUCUACCUUCCGCAGCUCCCUGAGCAGUGACUUUGACCCCUUGGUAUACUGCAGCCCUGAAGGAGAGUCCCGGGUGGAGGAGACUCAGCUUAGUGUGACCUCUAGGCCUCGUUCUUUGGACUCGGUGGUGCACACAGGGGAAACCCAGGUUUCCAGCCACAUUCACUACCACCGCCACCGACACCAUCACUACAAAAAGCGCUUCCAGUGGCGUGGCAGGAAGCCUGGCCCAGAAACCGGGGUCCCCCAGUCUAGGUCUGCCGUUCCUCGGACACAGCCCCAGCCAGAGCCGCCUUCUUCUGCUCAGCAAGCUGCCAGAUCCAACCCAGCAGCACCUUCAGGGCAGCUCCCCAACUCACAAUGGCCCAGAGCUGUCACAGAGUCACCCCCGGGCCCAGCUGACGUCUCCAGUCCCAGCAGCCUCUUGCACUUGCAGAAAUCCAGCCUCCCUGUCCGACACCCACAGAGGAGACGACGAGGGGGUCCCUCAGAGCCCACCCAAGCCUCUCGGCCCCAGGAUUUGACUGCACACCCAGCUUGCCAGAUUCUUCCCCAUUAUGGCCCCGACCUGGCAUGCCCGUGGUCCCCAGAGGCCCACCCAUUGAUCUUUGGACCUCCAGGCCUGGACAGGAGGCUGCUACCAGAACCCCCAGGCCCCUGUUACCCAAGUUCACAGCCAGUGUGGUUGUGUCUGACUCCACGCCAGCCCCUGGGACCACACCCACCUGGGGAGGGGCCUUCUGAAUGGAAUUCUGGCACCCCAGAGGGCAGACCAUGCCCUUACCCACACUGCCAGGUGCUGCCAGCCCAGCCUGGCUCAGAGGAGGAGCUUGAGGAGCUGUGUGAACAGGCCGUGUGAGAUGUUCAGGCCUGGCUCCAACCAAGAGUGUGCUCCGGAUGACUCGGCCCUACCUGGCACAGAGUCCUGCUCCUGAGAGAAGAAAGGACCUCAGAAAGCGCCCCUCUCUUUGCUGUACUUCCUGGAACCACUGGAAGAGGAGCGGUGAUGGUGGGUGGCAGGAGGUAUUGUUUCCUGCUCCCAGCUCCCGUUCUUGUCGGCAGAAAACAUUUGCAGGGCAGCAAGUCUGUCCAGCCAGGCAACCAGCUGCUGCCUGUGUGGACUGGCUCCCUUGAAGGCUGUUUUUUGAGAGCAGAAAGCUAGGUAUGGGUAGAUAGGAGUUAAUAAAGGUGCUGUUCCUUCCCUCAGCCCCUGCAGGUUGCCCUCAUCCCAAGCCUCAUGUUCAUACCAGCCAGUGGGUCUAGAUGAAUGCAUGACCCCUUCUCACCUCCUUCUUUGGGUGAGUCCCGCACACCAGCUUUGGCUCCUUCCGGGUAAGGCUGCUGCAUCAGCAGCAAUCCUGGCUCUUACCAUUUUCCUUCUUCGCAAAAGGAUCAGGAGCAUAGGUGAGCCCUGAGCCCUAAAAAGCAGGGCUCUGCAGCUUCUCUAGGCAAUAACUGCCCUGGUGCAUAAGGGAGGAUGUUUUCCCCUUCUUGUCCUUAAUUGUCAGAAUCACUACAUUAGGUCAGAGGGGAAGCUUUGGGAGCCAGGGGGUGGAGUUCUGUCCCCGAGGUGGUACAGUACCUUGAGGAACCUGAGACGAAGCCUCUGAUUUUCAAACUCCCUUGUCACUCCAGGAGCCCUAGUUCCUCAGGGAGCUAGGAAUGGGGGUAUGGGGAGGGAAUAACUCUUCCUUGGAGAUCUCCUAUCUCAAAGUCUCAAAGUAGGUGGGAAGAAGAGGAUUUCUGCUGGCUUCAUCUAGGAUGAGGGAGGAUGGAAUGAAAGUGGAAAAGGCAGAAUUAGAGCUGAACAAGGACAACAGGGAAUUCGUCUCUGAGAGUUUUCUCUCAAAGCAGAGAUGGGAAACAGGGGAGAACAAAGGAAAAGCAAAGUGGGGCCCUUGGGUUUAGAUGGCCCGGAGGUCUAGCUUCCUAAUAUAAGCCAUACAGGCCAGGGACACACAGGAAGGUGUGCAUGCGAGAGUGGAGAUGGAGCAGGAGGUCUGGCCUGGGCAGCUGGUACUGAGUGGGCAAGGGCUGAGGGGUUUCCUUAGGGUGACAUUCACCCCAGGGCAGCUGGACCAUUGCUGGCCCCUCUAGGAUUAUCCCAUUUGGAAUGUGAAUGUGGGAGCAAAGUGGGCACAGGACCCCGCCUGGGAAUCUUCUUCCCUCAAAGUAAGUGGGGAACUAGCACCUAGGCACCCACAUUGGUAUUUAUAUCUGAACCAGACAGAAAGACGCUUGAAUCAGGCACUAUGUUGAGAAAUGUAUUUAUUUGCUAAUAUAUUUAUCCACAAAUGCG